AUGGCAAGCAGCGUUCUCAUUGGAGCCAGAACCAGGCAACCAGCUCUACUUGCCCAGAACUGCAGCAGCACCCAUGUCAGUGAUCAGAUGACCAGUCCCUUGUCCAAUAUUGUUGCCAACUUUCUUUAUCCAGUCUUCUUCCAGUGCAUGAGCCAGCCUGGGAGCAGCGGAGGGAAGGUGUUUGUGUGCGUGGAGCGAGCACCCCAGGGGCAGACCACAGAAAGAGAGCCGGGAGCAGUGGAGGUGGAUGUUUGUGUGGAGCUCCCUGGGGGCAGGCCUGGUGUCUGGACAUUAGCCAACAUUAUCCUAAUGGUAACCAUUGUCUUUGAGAAGGGAGAAUGUGCUGGGCCUCCAGGGCUUCCAGGACCUCCAGGACUUCCAGGUCCCAGUGGGCCUCCUGGGGCAAUAGGGUCUCCAGGUGUGCGAGGACUACCAGGAAUUGCAGGACUCCCUAUAAAGUGUACUUGCAACAGAAAGUCAGCUUUUACCGUGAAGCUCAGUGGCAAGCUGCCUUCACCUGCUAAGCCGGUUGCCUUCACAGAGGUGUUGUACAAUGGCCAGAGGGACCUACAGGAGGAAACAGGGAUCUUCACCUGCAAGGUACCAGGCAAUUACCAUUUCCACUUUGAUGUAGAGCUCCAACACUGCAAGGUGAAGAUCUGGAUGAUGAAGAACCAGACACAAAUCUUGGAAAAGCGUCAGGUCUCCACAAAGGAGUACAGAAAUCUGUCUGGCACACUGACCCUGCCACUGAGUGUAGGGGAGAAGGUGUGGCUAGAAGCAGAAGUGGAACCUGAAGAACCAGAACAAGCCACUGUGACCAUCUAUUUCUCAGGUUUCCUGACAUAG